AUGGCCACCCCGCAAGGCUAUACAACAGCUUCAGUGGUCCAGAAUGCUAACAGCUUACUAUAUGGUACCUUUGACAUGGGAACGGGUCAAUUUUUUCCUCAUUCUACUCCCUUGCAAGAAAAUUUUCGUUUACAACAUCAAGUACCUGUACAAUAUCCCAUUCAUCCUAGUCAAACACCGUCUCCAUAUAUUUCUAAUGGAAUUACUUCAGGGGUUUUUAUUUCUGAUACGAACCAACAAUUACAGCGACAGCAACAAUGCGGUGCGACGACGAAUAAACAAAGUGAAUCAUCGGUUUUGUUCCAGCAUGAUCCAUCUCGUGCUGUUCCAUCAUCAUCAUCAUCUAAAUACUAUCAGCGUGCUUUUCCAAGUUCUCUCUUGUCACGGCAAUAUCAAACAAUUGACGAAGAAAUUAAUAUGGUAGUUGAGCACCAAUCAAACAAUGUAAGUGCCAGUAAUGAUGAGUUACGUCACAUUAAUGAUUCACCUCCUUCAAAUAUCCAUCGUCCUACCGCUAAUCGUCAAUUACCUAGUCCACGCUUCCAACGUCGAAACUCUUUAUCUAUGGAUCAACAUCCCUAUCCACGAAACACAGAUAACAACGGUCAAAACAUCGAUCUGAUCUCUCAGCAAGCCCUUCGUUUCGCCGAAACUCGCUAUAAAUUUCUCCCACUUGUCGUUACAUUCCAGGAUAAGGUUCAGGAAAAUGAAGUGAUCAAUGAAUUAAAAAAACAUAUUGUGGACAAUUUGAGGUUAGAUUUCGCAUUGGACGGAUACAGAUUAAAAGAUAAUCGUCAAUUAUUUCUAUUUGUUAAGGAUCGAGAUUCAUUCAUCAUUCUGUUUGAUGAAAAAAAUUGGCCGCCUAAUUUAUGCUCGAAGAGUUAUGAGAAAUCGCUGCCCCGUCGGCUUCCAUCUCAGUUUUCGUUAGUUAUCCGUAACGUAACGUUGGAUAUUCAGGAUAAUGAAUUGUUAAAUGAUCUGCAAAAAGAUUUUCCUGACAUUAUCAAUCUCCACCGUUUUAUUAAUAAAAAUAAUUUACCAACAACAAUGGCACGAUUAGAUGUUAAAAGUGUUAAAACUAUGGACGACCUACUCAAACGAAAACACGUUAAUAUUAACGAUACCCGGUGA